AUGGCGACUCUCGCAGAACAUCCGAUGCAACCAGUUGCCAACUAUGACCAGGAUCUCGACUCAUUCAUCAACUUCGAUCAACUCACCUACACAUCCGAUCCCUCCCGCUCGAAGGUUAUGGUCAGCCAACCGUCGGUCGCAAGCACCGAGUUCAGUGCCAGUGACGCCCGCAGUGCCAGCUUUGCCUCAAGUGGGCAGUCUCCCCUGGCAUUCCAGGCUCCAAGCCACCAGUACGACGAACACAGACAGCAGACUGGUCUCCCACCCGGUGCUUUGUCCAUGUCCUACAGCCAGGUCCCGAUGGGCUUCAACAAUGGCCAAGGAUUUCCCGUGAACGCCGAUAUGUAUGCUGGUCAUCACAUGAAGCGCGAGGACGCCCAAUUCGAUUUCAACACUGCCCCGGGCCGGAACCCGUCGGAGAUGGAGAUUGAUCCCGAAAACAUGAACCCCUCCCCAUACUUCUACCCGGCAAACCCUGGGAGCAAGAGCCAAUAUGUCGAUCCCAACGCUCUCGGCGGCCAUGAGCUGGCUCAGGCUGGUCCGUCUACACAGGUCGGUCGCAUGUACCCCGGCAUGCAUCAGCAGCAGGCUGCGAUGGCCAAGGCCCAGCAACAAAAGCAAAGUGAAAUGGUCCGCCCUCAGAUACAGCAGCGGCCGGAUCAAGUGCCCGAUGCUAUGCCUCAGGCCCGCGGUCCCCGCAACCCUGACCCCGUGGUUGAGGAGCGUAUCUCUCGUCUACUUCAGCAGAUGCGACAGAACGCCAUGGCCAAUGGCGAGGGCUCCCCCAGUCCCUCCAACGGUAUGCCGCAGAUGGCCAAGGCCCGGAAGGACGAGGCCGAUAUGGAUGAAGAUGAGCGCCUUCUUGCUAGUGAGGAGGGCAAGAAGCUCAGCAGCAAAGAGCGCCGCCAGUUGCGAAACAAGGUUUCCGCCCGCGCUUUCCGAUCUCGCCGCAAGGAAUACAUUGGUCAGCUCGAAAGCGAGGUGGCUGCUAGAACCAACGAGGCCCACGAGGUUCGCCUCCAGAACCGCGCUCUUUACGAAGAAAAUGCCCGCCUGAACGACUUGGCCCGCAUGCUUCUGGGAUCUCCUCACUUUUCCAACUUCCUCAACGACAUGGGUGACACUAUGCCCGCCCAACCCCAGCAGCAAUCCCAGCAGCAAUCUCAACAGCAAUCUCAACAGCAACCUCAGCAGCAACAAGCCCAGCAGGCUGCACCCCAGCCCAACAUGCAGGCUAUGCCCAAGGACACGAACGCCAACCGUGGCCAGGAGUUCCAGAUGCAGCAAAACCCCCAGGCCAAUAUGGUAAUGGUUCCAAACCAGGGUAUGGACCCCUCCAGCAUGGGCAUGAACGCCGGCUGGAACUCAGGAAUCGAUAUGAACUACGGCAACACUCCAGUCUUUGCUGUCAUGGAGGUUCCCGAGGGCCCGGCCCUCGAUGCCGAAGUUCUGUCCGGAAAAUCCUCUUCUUCCUUCAGCAUCCCCGAGAGCUCCAAGAAUGAGGCCCCCGUUGUCGACCGUCCCGUUAGCGACUCAUCCAGCCAGUCUGACAUUGGUGUUGCCAACCCCGAUGUCGAGAUUGAUGAGUCUGAUCCUGCCUUUGCUCUCUUUGUUGAUUCUCCUGCCCCCGUCGCGGACAUCAGCUUUGAAGGUGUCUCCACCGAGAAGACUGCUCAGUUCACUCUCGUGGUUGACAACUCUGAAGUUAGCGAUUCGGCUAAGAGAACCUUCAACGCCCUCUGCAACAGCAUUGACGCUGCCUUCGAGCGUGUCUCGGCUGUCACAUCCCACCUUCAGUGA